GCAUUGAACGAACAUAACCCACCCAUACACACACGUUCAUUUAUAUGUUUUAUAUUUAGUUAUCACCUAUGUCGAAAUAAUUUUUCAUGUUUCUCAAUGUUUUUGGUAUUACUUAAUUCAUCAAGUGAAGUUUUUAAUUUAAAAAAAAAAACUGGUGUAAAAAAAAAAUUUUUCAAGAAUGGAGCCACCCCGAGCUCCCAUUGAUAAUCUUUUAAAUGUAUUAUCGGGCUUCAGUAUUGGUCAUGAAAAAGCGUUAAAGCAGAGUAUUUACAAUACAGUUGCAUUAUUUCUCCUAUGCUUAGUUUGCACUGCCAGUUAUGGGCUUUACAUAAUUCUCCAGCCGUUUGUCAAGCCACUAAUAUGGGCUCUCCUUUGUGGCUCAGUUCUUUUUCCAUUCAAAUUAUACAUCACAAAUGCAGUCAAGUCUUGGUUUGCUGAAGCAGAUCAUUUUUACGAGCCACUACUCAUAAAUCUUGCUAUGAUGCCUAUCAGACUGAUGGACAAAAUUUCAGAAUGUGUUGGAUCAUUUCUUUGCAGCCGUAUAAAAUAUGUUAAAAUAAUUAUACUUACAUCCAGUUUACUUGUUACAAUCUAUUGGUACACGCCCAAUAUAUUGACAUGUCUUACUUGGCGGCUCAUUCAGUUCAGCAAUUCAUUUUUAUUCUUAUCUGUCACCAACUGCAAUAUUUACAUGAUUAGUACGGUAAUGAUAAGUUACGUAUUGAUAUUGUGUUUUUUCUGGACCGAAGAAAAUGCAACUUUAUUCAACUACGCAUCUUUUGUAAUUUGGUUGUCAUUCAGUUUAUAUGUAUCAAACAUACUAGGAGUUUACCAAAACAUAAUAUUUUGUAUUUUACAAAUAUUGUUCAUCGUCGGUUUUAUCUAUGAAAUCGUACUCAUUUUGGAUAGCAAAGAAAUUCAAGGAACACCAUUAACUUUUACUGAAGCUGUACAGCUAGCAUUGACCGGUAAAAAAGUAUCAAGUCCUGCCGUAAAAGUAGAUGAGAAUGUGGAACAGGACGAACAGAUUACUUUCAUUGAAGGAACAUCUACUCCUUUAACUGCUGAUCAGAAACAAGACUCCGUUGUAAAUAGCAGCAAAAAGCCUUCGCUGAAAUUCAUCAAACGGGCGAUGUCAUUAGAUACUGAUGCUAGACAAGACUCUCUAACAAAAUUGAGAUCAGAUGAUGAUAAAUCUUCGAGUUAUCCAAGCUUUCAAACGUCAUUUCACGAACGUUAUUUCUUGCGAAAGUUCCGAAACGAAUCCAAGAUGUUGGAAGAUGAAAAAAAUAAAACUGAUACUGAUAUGUAUAUGUAUGGGGCGUUUUAUUCAUGCAUAGGAAUGUUAAUGUGGAAACAUAAAUGGAUUUUAACGAUACUCACUGUUCCAAUAGCUUGGUAUUUUACUAAACAAAUAGGAAAGUAUUUUGGACUUUGGGAUAUCAUUCAUCGUCGUAUAAAUAAAUUUAUUCAAUUUUUUAAGACGUGGUAUUACGAAAGAAGGCAUGCGGUGAUUCCAGCACACGUUAAAGGAUUAUAUAAAAUUUAUACGAUAAUUGAUAAGGAAAUAAGGGAAAUAUUAAAACGAUCUGUUGAUGCAGUUGCGACUACUGCUGUCAUUUUCUUUUUAAUAAUAUUUUCUUUUUGCGCGUCACUAUUUAUAGUGAUACAGAUUUAUGCAGAAGGAAUACAUCUGAUUCAAGUAACAGGAGAAAUUAUCAAUUCAACGUUAGUUCAUAAUCCAGACAUUGAUUGGGUACCGGAACAGUGGGAAAAUUCAGUUAAUAGCGUUUUAGAUAAUGCUUAUACAUACGGCAGAAGUGUUAUUGCUGAUGGUGUUAAGAAUUUAGCCAAAGAAUUGGAGCCGUCUAAAGCUGAAAUACUAGAGAAAAAAGUUUUAGAAUUGUGGGAUCGACUUUACCAGGCCUGGAUGAUGUCAAAUGAAAGCUCGGAGUCAAUAGGCCCGACAGUGGACAUCGACGCUGCUUAUUCAGUGUGGGAAAGUUUGAAAGAUAGUUUCGGGAAAAUACCAACUCAAAUUUUUAAUAUGAGCAGCAUCCAAAAUUUCGGCAAAGACAAUGUGGGCAUUUUAAUGUCCGUUCUUGACUCAGUAUGGGGAAUUGUUAAAGGAAACUUAUCAAUAGUUUUGAGUGUUUUAACAGAAUUACUUUACGUUGUUCUCAUGAGUGGAUCUGCUGUUCUUAGUUUUACUUUGAGUACCGUGGUAUUUUUCACUACGUUGUUUUAUCUGCUAAGUUCUAGUGGAUAUACUUAUAAACCUAUUGAGCUGAUUGCAGUUUUUAGUCCCAUCAGCUUUUAUCGAUUUGCAGUAGCAGUUCAAGAAGCGGUGAUGGAAGUUUUUGCCGCAACUUUCAAGCUCGCGUCAUUCUUCGGCAUGUGGACGUGGCUUAUACAUAAUUUAUUUUAUGUUAAAAUUAUUUAUUUGCCCUCAGCAUUUGCCGCUAUAUUAGCAGCCGUACCAUUUUUAGACGCGUACUUUGCGUGCAUUCCUGCUGCGAUUGAACUUUGGUUUACUCGAGGUCCUAUGAUUGCGAUUCUCUUCUUUGUAUUCCACUUUCUACCCUACAAUAUUGUGAUGACCGAUUUUUACAAAGAAAUUAAGGGUGCGGGCCAUCCUUAUUUAACAGGCUUAUCAAUAGCUGGAGGAAUUUUUUGUUUAGGGGUCGAGGGGGCGAUUUUCGGUCCCCUUUUGCUUUGUUGCAUCAUGGUAGCUAUAAAUCUCAGUCGCCGAUACGUCCAUUCUCUUUCUGAAGAGACGUUAGAUUCAUUGAAAAAACAAAUGAAUCAAACUAAUGAGCAAUGCUCACCUUAGAAGUUAAAAAAUUAACAAGCUAUAGUCUAACGAGCGUACAAGUCACUCAUAAAAUUAUUUAUUUU